UUCUUUUUCCAAGUGCCGCAAACGAAAAAGAAAUUUAAUUUGAAAUAUUAACUACUCAGCAUCAAAUUGGAAAAUUCCAGUCAGUGGAAUGGAUUAUUGUCAAAGCAGUAUCAUGCAGGAUAAGGAUUCCAAGCUUUUCAAUGUCAAGGCACUGCCCGUGAACGAGAACGUUCCCAUUGACCUGACCAGGGAACCCAGGAACGGGCACGAAUACCUACUCAGGGCUCGACUCGAGGCUUCCAGGGUCUUGGGACAAGAGUCCUUCGAUGUUCCCGAAGAGAGGAAAACGGUCGAAGGGAACGAACACAUCCUGAGGACCAGGCUCGAAGCAGUUGCCGCAGCAGAGAGGACCGUGAAGAAAGUCGGUCUCGGAAAACUGAAACGUUCACAGAGGGGCAGAGAUUCGAAACGACCCGAACAUGAUGAAGUUGGGAGGAAAACGAAACAAGAUGGCUUAGGAGGUGAGAGGAGAACAAAUCCAGAUGGCCGAAGCAAUGAGAGGAGAACGAAACAAGAUGAAAGGAGAACAAAGCCGGAUGGUCAUAAAGAUGAGAGAACGAAACAAGAUGGCCAACAAGAUGAUACGAAAACAAAACCGGAUGGCCAACGAGAUGAGGAGAGGACGAAGCAAGAUGGUUAUCAAGAUGAAAGAAAAACAAAACCAGAUGGCCAAAGAGAGGAGAGGAGAGCAAAACAAGAGGACCAAAGAGAAGGAAGGGAAACAAAACCAGAUGGCCAACGAGAUGAGAAGAGGAUGAAGCAAGAUGGUCAUCAAGAUGAAAGAAAAACAAAACCAGAUGGCCAACGAGAUGAGAGGAGAACAAAACAAGAGGACCAAAGAGAAGGAAGGAAAACAAAACCAGAUGGCCAGAGAGAUGUAAGGAUAGUGGAACAAGAUGGCAAAAUAAAUAAGAGGAGUCCCAAACAAGACGAGAGAAAAACGAAACGAAACGACUUCAGAGAUCGGCAGCCGGAGGCCGAAAGAUUAGGAUGUUCCGAAUCCGAAAACGAAGACCUGUUCCUGAGGAUCCACGAUGAGCUUUCCAGGAACAAGAGCGAGCUGCAGAAGAAGUUCCCCAAGAAGACACUGCCCCUGGAGGACAAGAAACGUUGCUGUCUGUUCUGCCUGGGCUCGGAAUUGUACUCCCGAAUCUACAAGAAACGAGCCAAGAAAUGUUCUGGACACCUUCCCCUCCUGAGCUACGUCAUCCACCUUGACGAAGAGGAAGUGCUUCUGCUGUUCCAAUACUGCUACGAGUGGUACUUGAACGUGGGCAUCAACGAAACCAUCGCCAGGUGGUUGUAUGCUCUCCUGGCAUGCUUGGAUCACCCCAUCUCCAAAGAGCAGGCCUUUGGAAUGUUGGAAUCGUUCUACCUGAGCUGCUUCAAAGGCCGCUGCCAAGACCUGGAGUAUCCCUACCAAUGUUUCGUCGAGUCUAUGAUGCGGAAGUUGGCAAUUGAAGAAAAUUAA